GUGGAGGGUGGAGACUCAGGAAAACCACUGAUCAGCUGCAAGGUCACAUGACCCAUUCUGCAGAGUACCGUACUGUACCACUAGGUUAGGUACCCUGUCAAUGUAGGCAGGCUUAGUACCUGCCCGUAGGUAAGGUAGGCUGCUCUAAUUUGGGUGCAGGUGGUCUUUGCAAGUGACGUCUGUUUUCGUGUCCGGGGUUACUUGGUGAAGGAAGUUCUCCGCUCAAGUUAGAAAGAAUCAACUUCCAGAGCUCCGGUAGCCUUCCGACUUGAUGACCACCGUGCGGCAAACGUCGUGAAGGGACCUUGCCAGCAUAGGUGUCUGAUUUCCAUUCCAUCUUUCCACUCAAGGAAUUUUUCGGUCGGUCCCAAAACGCCGCUCGACUCCAGCCAUGUCGGCGACCACGGAAUCAUACAUUCUCCCCGAUCCCGCAGUAGCCUCCGAUGAUCACGACGACCUGGACUCGCUUCCCUCAAUCUCGACGAGCCUACUCGACUCCGAGCCCGACUCGGAAGCGCAGAGAGAAUGGGAGGAAAGUCUUGAGCAGUUGCAGCUGAUGCUGACGAUGGUGAUAAUACCGUUUACUGGCAAAUACAUGGGGCGCAAGUUUGCAUUCUGGAGCUGGGCACGAUACAUGGAAUGGAUGCACAAUGUUGAGAUCAGGUGGACGAACAAGAAAGCUUUUGCAGCUGCUGGCGUCAUCGAAGCCGCCGCAACAUUAUGAGCAGCAGUCAUCAUCCUAUAAAUAUCCGAUUUUCACGAUACCCGCCGUACGCCUGUAAAAAUACGAGCCUUUACAUGGAAAUUGCGUUCAGGCAUAGCGAUGUGAUCCCAUCGACUCUUUGUUUGCCGCGUUUACUUUGGACAGCUAGGAGACUAUAGCAGUCUUUUUGGGGCUAUUCAUGGGCCGACAGCAAAUUCCUUGAGCAAAUCAACGCAUACUUUUAUUCGCGUCGUUUCAACUCUGGCAUGCUUCUACCGCCGCUUACUUCCAGGCCACAAGCAAAAUCAUGGGGUACAGGCCGUCUUCUACUCGCAUCAAAAUAGACUGGUUAAGGGGAGGCUGUCUGGGGUCUUGAUUACACAAUUGAAUGGUUAUCAUUGUUAUAUCUGUCUCGCGUCGGGUGAGCUUCUGGGUGUAAGCAUCUGAGCCUCGAAACAUGGAAGCGGUAGACGCGUAAGUAUGGCCUACCUAUGCUAGACUUUGUUCGACCGAAAUUACAAGCAGUCUGAGUUUUGGCCUUGGCGGUAAUCUUUCGCACA